AUGAUCCUCGGCCUCGCAUGGGCUAGAAAGCAACAAGCAGUAUUGAACGCUGAGAAAUCCGAAUGCUUACUUCGUACGACACAAGUGACUAUUAGAAAUCAAGCUCAUCUAUUUGAAUCUCCCUAUGACUAUGUUCAUGUUUCCGCUGCUGCCUUUACCGCAUUAUCACGACGUACGAAGAAAAAGAAGCAAGAUGGUGCUGUCCAAAUAUUUGCUGCAAGCAUAAAAGACAUUAAGAAGGCUUUACGACUAAAGACAACUACGGACCCCCGUACGAAACUCCCAAUACAGUACCAUGAAUUUCUGGAUGUAUUUGACAAGAAAGAAGCCGACAAGCUACCACCAAUUCGAGGGAAUGGUGUUGAUCACAAGAUUGAGUUGGUUCAACAGGAUGGCAAGAAAGCAGAAGCUCCUUAG